AUGAAAGACGACUUCACGGCAUCCCGCCCUGAAGAGGUGACGCCCUUGCCGGCGAACCUCAACAGCGUGCAGCCCGGCGGCGGUGUGUGUUAUCAGAUCGAAUUGAUGUGGGGACACCUGCGGCGGUGGUAUCUGUCGCGGUUCCGCUCGAAGUACGUCUCGCACAUGCGGCAGUUGCGAAAGGGCUCCUCGCGAGGAGCAAACCACCGGAUUCUUGAUCCCCGCGAUUUGAAGUAUUGCCGCAACCAAUGCACCUGCGAAUGGGACGAUGAAGACAAUCCGUUCGCCUGGCGAGACGGCAUUCCGUUGGCCCACUGGGGGCUUGGGGAAGUCGUCUUGAUGGGAGGCCUGCUACUCAUCUUCACAGCAUUGCUGGCUGCAUCGCCGUGGCCCAUCACUGCUGUGGUCCCUUUGGUCUUGCUGGCCUUCGUGUUGUACUUCUUUCGCGACCCGCACCGACAUGUUCCCCAACAGCCGGGCCUGCUGGUGUCGCCCGCCGAUGGCACGGUCGCCGAAGUCACGCCGAUCGAGCACGAUCCCUUCGUCGGCGGCCCUGCGGUGAGAAUCGGGAUUUUCCUGUCGGUGUUCAACGUGCACAUCAAUCGGGCCCCGGUCCGCUCGCAAGUGCUCCGGCUGGAGUACCACCCCGGCCUGUUUCUAAACGCGUUGGAUACCGAGAGUGCCAUCCGCAACGAAAACCUGUGGAUCGGCCUGCAGUCGGUCGAAGCUCCGGAGUGCCGAUACGUCGUGCGGCAGAUCGCCGGAUUGAUCGCACGGCGGAUCGUCUGUGAAUUGCGACCGGGGGAAAUCGUCGAACGAGGUCACAAAUUUGGCAUGAUCAAGUUUGGUUCUCGUACCGAAUUGAUCGUCCCGCACGAUGACGACUGCGAAGUGAAGGUGAAGGUCGGCGAUCGCGUUCAGGGUGGGGCGACCAUCAUGGAAAGGCGGAAUCGGGCAAUGCGACCACUGCGUACGGUGAAUGUUCUGCCGACGAUGUUCACGCUCGGCAACCUCGUCUGUGGGUUCUUUGCCAUCGUGGUGGCAGCCCGGGUCGAUGUACCGGACCCCCAGAUGACCGACCCGACUGAUUGGACCAACUGCAUGCUCAGUGCAUGCCUGAUUCUGCUGGCGAUGGUCUUCGACGCCCUCGAUGGACAACUAGCCCGCCUGGCCGGCACCGACAGCGACUUUGGCGCCCAACUAGACAGCCUGUGCGAUGUGGUGAGCUUCGGCGUCGCUCCGGCCUUUCUGUUAGUGAAGAUCUGUCCCGACUUUACCUAUCUACACCGCGAACAGGUUUGGCUUAUUGCGGCAACCUACGUGGCCUGUGCCGCCUUGCGGCUCGCCCGAUUCACGGUGGAAACCACCGAAGACGACGAUCAUCAGAUGUUUCGAGGGCUUCCGAGCCCUGCGGCGGCCGGCACCAUCGCCAGUUUCGCGAUUAUGUUUUAUUCCCUGCGACAUGCGGGGGUCGAUCUGCGGCUAGGCCCUCAGGCCGACAAUCUGAUUCAAGCCAUGCUCCCGUUCUAUACGCUGCUGAUUGCGAUGCUGAUGGUUUCCCCGGUGCCGUAUCCCCAUCCGGUCAACCAAUGGCUUCGCGGAAACCGUAGCUUUAGCCAUGUGGUGACGUUGGUAUUCGCCGUGUUCAUGAUCGCCUUCUUCCGUACGUACGCCUUUCCGUUGGUGAUGUCGGUCUUUGUCACGGUCCCGGCCGUACAAUGGGUGUAUGGUGGAUCUCGGUCUCGGCGUGAUGCUUUGGAUUUGAUUUACCUGCGGCUCGUGUCGCAGUUUCGUUGCUUGGUGAGAAUUGAAAUGUUUACCGGUUUGGUCGAACAAUUGGCCGAAGUCGUGAAGGUCGAAGAUCUCAGCCCCGGGCGAAAAUUCACCCUUGAGGUUGGAGCGAUGGCCAGCGAGACCGCCAUCGGCGACAGUGUCGCUCUGAAUGGCUGCUGUCUCACCGUCGUCAAUAUCGACAGCACUCGUUUGGCAUUCGAGGCAGGCCCCGAGACACUCGAUCGCACGAACCUGGGCGAACUAUCUCCCGGCAGCUCCGUAAAUGUUGAGCGUGCGCUGCAAGUGGGUAAUCGCCUGGGUGGGCAUAUCGUCACCGGCCACAUCGAUGCCAGCGGUACACUGGUCGAACGAAUCGAAGAUGGCGAAUGGUCCACCUGCUGGUUUGAGGUUCCCCAUGAACUGACCCGGCAGAUGGCCUCUAAGGGAUCGAUCGCCAUCGACGGAGUCAGCCUCACCCUGGUCGACGUGACCGAAGACCGCUUCAGUGUGAUGUUGAUUCCGCAUACGCUGGAAGUGACCACCUUGGGGAAAAUGGCCCCAGGCACCCGCGUGAACCUGGAAACCGAUGUGCUGGCCAAGUACGUGCAAAGGCACGGGCAGAACUUCAUGAUCGACAUGAAUCUGCAACGCCUGCUGCUCGAUGCGGCCGAUUUGAAUGCCUUGGACGUCGUGCUAGAAGUCGGAACCGGUACCGCGGGGCUAACCGUACAUCUAGCCCGUCGGGCGGCGGCAGUAGUCACUGUCGAGGUCGAUCGUCUGCUCGCUCAACUGGCCAGCGAAGAACUGUUCGACUACCCCAACGUCACGCUGUUAAAGCAGGACGCACUGCGCAACAAGAACCACAUCGAUCCCAUCGUAUUUGAAACCGUCAAACAGCAGUUGGCCGUCAGCCCCGACCGCACGUUCAAGCUGGUAGCCAACUUGCCUUACAACGUGGCCACGCCAAUCAUCUCGAACAUGCUUUCCAGCGAGACCAUCCCUAGUGUGAUGGUUGUCACCAUCCAAAAAGAGCUGGGUGAGCGAAUCAUGGCCCGGCCUUCUACGAAGGACUACAGUGCGCUGAGCAUCUGGAUUCAAAGCCAGUGUCGGGUGGAGUUGAUUCGCGUGUUGCCGCCCUCGGCGUUCUGGCCACGCCCCAAAGUCUCGUCAGCCAUCAUCCGCAUCGAUUACGACCCAGAGCUGGCAGGGCGGAUCGUCGACCUCGAUUUCUUUCACAUGUUUGUCAGAGCAUUGUUCUUCCACCGCCGCAAGUUCUUGCGAAGCGUGAUUGCUAGCGCUUUCAAGAAGCAAAUCGAAAAGACGGAAGUCGACGAUAUCUUGAACCAGAUGGGCUUCGCCAACGAUACCCGGGCCGAGCAGCUCGAUGUGGAGACCAUCAUCGCCAUGGCAGAAGUCUUCCGCCAGCGGUUGGGCGAGACUAGCUAA